CUGUCGAGGGUCUUCCGGGGCAAGACCACAUUUUGGAUGGCCAUGCCAUCUCUGCGGAGAUGAUUCAGUUAAGGUGGUUGGCAGCCGGGCUCGCAGCGUUGCUGCUCCUUUGUUAUAGCCUUAGAUCUGCAAGGCCGCUGGAGGCGCUGCCGCUGGAGGUGUUGGGGCCGAAGCUUCAGAGCCAGGCAGCUGCAGCGCUGCGUGCCUGCGAGCAGCCCCUUCCAGACUCGGACUGCACCAGCGAAAACCAGCCGGAUCCCCCGUUUGCAGCUCCCACACCUGGAGCGCGGGCGCGUUUGCGCUUCGAUGAUACCAUGGAGUAUCAGCUCUUCCUGCCUGCGAGCUGGAGCCAGAGGUCUAGCGAGAAGUACCCCGUCGUCGUUUUCCUGCACGGUGCGGGCGAUGGCAAGUUCAGUGUGAUGAACUCUCAGAGCUUGCCCCGGCUGCUUUCCAGGAACCAGUCGACUUGCUUUGAUGACCGCGAGUGCUGGUGCCUGGACAGCGAGUACCAGAGGGCCACCGCCAUGAAGGAGGCGAGCGGCUCGGAGGCCUUCCUGGCUGAGGAGGAGGACCUUUGGAGCCCCAUGGCCUCCUGCGACUUCGCGCAGCGCUUCGAGGCCAUUGCCGUGAUGCCGCAGGGCUGGACUUUGACUCGGAGCCCGGGGGGCUGGGACUCGGAGCGCCUGGGGAAGGUGGAGGCAUUGACGAGGUUUGUCUUGCGGCAGUAUUCCGGGGACCCCGCCCGGGUCUCGCUCACGGGACAGUCCGCCGGCGGCGGCGGCGCCUGGCGCUUCGCAGCAACGCGCCCAAGACUUUGGGCCACGGUGAGCGUUGUGUGCGCGCCCACCUCCCCGGCUGUGGCGGAGAGAUUGGAAGGCCUUCCUAUUUGGGUCAUUGGAUGGACAGGGGACGGCGAGAUGGGCAGCGACGAGGUGGUGAAGGCGCUGAAGCGGCGGCGGAGUGGAGCCACGCGGUACACGCGGUACACGAAGGCCCCGCCACCCCCGGACCCGCUGUACCGCGACAUGGUGGGCCACGGAAGUUACGACCUGAUCUACCGGGACCCGCGCCUCUGGCAAUGGGCCCUCGCACACAGCCGCCCUUCCGCAGCACAAGAAUGGCAAAAGUGAGCGGA